AUGGUACUUCUUACCAAUGUUUUGCAAAAGAAAUUCUAUAAAAAGUCGUCUUCAAACAAGCAGCGUUUUUCUUCUAGCUCAAGGAGGAUUGAAUACAAGAAUAAGUAUGAAGGAAAAAAGAAAUUUGAAGAAAAGAAAGCUGAAGAAAAGAAGACUGAUGAGGUACAAAAGUGCUAUAAUUGUGGAAAGACUGGUCACUUUGCCAAUGACCGUUGGAAACAAGUUGUGAAAUAUUCUGGUUAUUAUAAAAACAAGAUGCUCCUAACAAAACAGAAAGUGGCAGGUAAGGCAUUGAUAGUAGAUGACGAUCACUGGCUACAGUUAUCCAAAAUUGAUGAGGAAGACAAUGCUCAUGAAAAUAUAUGUAUCAUGGCUAAAGAAUCAAAAGAGCAUAAUUCUGAUAAUGAUAAUGAUCGUACUUCUUGUUACUCUGAAUGUUUUAAG